AAGCCGAUAAAACGCGGGACGUCACCCCGCUGAUCUCAUCGUUCCCCAACAUUCCUUCUAUCCUCCCCCCUCUACUUACCCCAUUUCCUAUCUUCCGUCCAACCUUUCCACAAUCCCUCUCUUACCAAUUUAAUACCCCAAUAAUACAAAAACCAUGGCCUCCAACCCCCCUGGAGCAUGCUGCACCGUCGGUGUCAAGCACGAAGGCGAAGCUAAGGGUCAAUUCCAACAAGUCGGUGGAGUUGAUACUUAUGUCACUUACCCGACUGACCGCUCUACCAAGCGUGCCGUGCUGUUGUUGACUGAUGUAAUUGGUCAUCGAUUCAUCAAUGCCCAGCUUAUCGCUGACCAGUUGGCUGCGAAUGGUUACUUCGUGGUUAUGCCCGAUCUAUUCCACGGUGAUCCUGUGCCGCUGAAUCGUCCUGCAAACUGGGAUUUGAUGGCUUGGUUGAAUGGUCCGCCUGGUCAUCUGCUGCCGCGUGUUGAGCCUGUCGUCAAGGCCGUGCUUGGUGAGAUGAAGUCCGGCUUUGGUUGUGAGAGGAUUGGUGCUGUUGGAUAUUGUUUCGGGGCUAAAUACGCUGUCCGUCUACUUAAGGAGGACGGAGUGGAUGCGGCUUAUGUGGCUCAUCCUAGUUUCGUGGAUGCCGAGGAGCUGGCAGCGAUCAAGCGUCCUUUGUCUAUUGCUGCGGCUGAGACCGAUUCUAUCUUCCCGGCCUCGAAGCGCCACGAGUCCGAAGAUAUUCUGGCCAAGACGGGUCAGCCGUACCAGAUUAACCUGUUCAGUGGUGUUGAGCACGGCUUCGCAGUUCGUGCCGAUAUUUCGAAGCCGACCAUUCGAUUCGCAAAGGAGGCGGCAUUUACUCAGGCAGUGGCUUGGUUCAACCAGUACCUUUAGGUUGUUGGCUUUGGGUACAACCUUAACCUCAAGCCUCUGGGCUUAUAAUCAAGUUUGCUACAAAACAAAAUCUACUACCGUCUUUUUGAAAGGAUAAAAAAUCGGU